CAAAGGCCCUGAGGUCUAUUCGGACACGUCUGGGGCGCGGGAUGUGUCCCCUCAACCCCGUGUCAAGAGCCAUGGUCGGCAGGUCAGGGUACCGGGCGCUGCCCUUGGGGGACUUUGACCGUUUCCAGCAGUCAAGUUUUGGCUUCCUGGGCCCGCAGAAGGACUACUUGGCGGAGCACGGCGGCGUCGGGCCGGGGGCUGAUGCACCUCAGACCUGGCCCUCUUGCCUCUGCCACGGCCUCAUUAGUUUCCUGGGAUUCUUGUUGUUGCUGAUCACCUUCCCCAUUUCUGGCUGGUUUGCCCUGAAGAUUGUGCCCACCUAUGAGCGGAUGAUCGUAUUUCGACUGGGCCGGAUCUGCACCCCUCAAGGGCCUGGCAUGGUUCUGCUCCUGCCCUUCAUUGACUCCUUUCAGAGAGUGGAUCUGAGGACACGAGCCUUCAAUGUCCCUCCCUGCAAGUUGGCGUCUAAGGAUGGGGCUGUGCUGUCAGUGGGGGCCGAUGUCCAGUUCCGCAUCUGGGACCCAGUAUUGUCAGUGAUGACUGUGAAGGACUUGAACAUAGCCACACGCAUGACAGCCCAGAAUGCCAUGACCAGGGCCCUGCUCAAGAGGCCUCUGCGGGAGAUCCAGAUGGAAAAGCUCAAGAUUAGCGACCAGCUCCUGCUGGAGAUCAACGAUGUGACCAGGGCCUGGGGUCUCGAGGUGGACCGUGUGGAGCUGGCAGUAGAGGCUGUGCUGCAGCCGCCCCAGGACAGCCCCCUCCAGCAGCUUGCUCCCCACCUUCUGGGGGCGGGCGUGUCCUCAGUGGCAGGAGGUGCCCUGCCCCUGGGGCAAGACACCUUGGAGAUGGUGAGUGAAGUUGAGCUGCCUGUCCCUCACAUUGGUGCUGGGCCCAGCCUGAAGCAGCCUGUGGCUGAGGGGCUGCUGACCGCUCUGCAGCCCUACCUGUCUGAGACCCUGGUCAGCCAAGUCGGGGCCUGCUACCAGUUCAAUGUCAUCCUGCCUGAUGGCACCCAGAGCAUCUACUUCCUGGACCUCACUACAGGGCAAGGGAGAGUGGGACACGGGGUGCCUGAUGGCAUCCCUGACGUGGAGGUGGAGCUGGCUGAGGCGGACCUGUGGGCCCUGUUGUGCAGGGAGCUGCGGCCCCUGGGGGCCUACAUGAGUGGGCGGCUGAAGGUGAAGGGUGACUUGGCAACGGCCAUGAAACUGGAGGCUGUCCUCAGGGCCCUGAAGUAGCAGCCUUGGCUGACCGUCCGUAGCCCAGCCCAAGCCUCGCACCAAGCCAGGGGCGUCAUGGGGGAACAAGCAUUGGCUCCGCGCCUCAGAUUAGUGAGUCCCUGAGAAGUUUCAGACCCAGCUAAGCGCCAGUGAAUGGAGGCUGAGUCAUGCUGCCCUGCCCACCCCAGUCCCUUGCCAAGGACCCAGUCCUGAACUGGGUACACAGCACAAUGACAGGAGCGCCAGGCCUGCUCUGCUAAUACUGCCUGUGUGAUCAGAGAGGCAGGGCCCACAGAGACAACUUGGCAGCAGCUGGCUGGGUCCCAGUGUGAGGGAGCAAAGCUCGUGGCUCAGGUUCCCAGCUCCAGAGUGUGUGUGUGUGUAUAGGUGGUGGGGUAUGGAGAAGGAGGCAACCACCAAGGAGAGAUCCCUGCAGCCAGAGGGAUCUGGGGAUCAGGCAGGGCCUGCCUUCUAGGCUAUAGUCCAGGUCCAGGCCAGUGGGGGUUGGGAUGGGAAAGAGUGGGGCCUGCUCCUCCCUGGGCCCUAAACACCUCUUAACCUGACUGACAGCUCUGUCUUGCAUGCCUGAUGGGCCAGGCUGGGGCCUAGGGUACCAUGAAGAGAGCCCUGCUCUUCUGUGCUUCCUACCAGCGCUUUGAAAACUCAAAUGACUUGGAAAGCAGUAGGGUACAGUGUUGGAUGAUCCCUUGGUGAUGGUGGCCAGGGACCAGGGCCCCAAAGGCUGACACAAGCCCUCCUGAUGCUCUGGAAUCACCCAUAGAUCCCCUUUGUGCUGAAGGCCUCUGGGCAGGAGCCAGCACUGUUCCUCUUGAUAGAGGAGGUGUGCCAGGGAAGAGCGGGAGCAGGGCUGUGAGACGGGGUGGAGCCACCCCAUUCAGGAGAGGAGUUAGGGCAGGUCUGUGCCUCCCCUUCUGUUACACCUCGGCUCACUUUCUGUACUGGCCAAAGGGAAGGAAACAAGGAAACCUGCAUGGAGUUCUGGCCUGGAGACUUCUGCUUCACUGUUCCAACCCAGGCCCCAGGCACCCCAGAGGAGGGACUUUUUACUCCUGCAUUCCUCAGAACUGAAUCUCACUUCCUGAAAAGGCUUGUGGAAAAGUCCCCCACAGAAACCUGAGCCUUCCUUUGAGAAACAGCCUCUGGCACCAGACCUCCCACAGGGCCCUCUCCAGCUUCCUUGGUAUUAGACUUUGUCCUUUGGUUCCUGCCAGGGCCUUGUCCCUCCUCUUUUGCCUCCUCCCAGCACAGACUGCACGUGCAUGGGCUCAGGUUGCAGCUCCAGGGCCCCCUCCCUGAGGGCCAGAACCUCAGCCUGCUGCCCAUGCUCUGCCCUCUCCACUCACCUGGAGGCCGCCCAACCAGGCUGUCAGCCCAACCAGGCUGUCUGCUCCGAAGACUUCCCCCUUGUCCCACAUGGCCACACUCCUGCCACCCCAAGGCCUAGUGGGGCAUUGCUCUCUCCCUCUUGCCUGGCUCCCCCCUCCUCUUGGCGGGCUCUCAUUGUGCCCAUUCCCCACGGCUUGUGUCACUGUUCCUUGCACAAGUGUCUGCCCUCCUGAUGGAACCAUGAGCGUCACAUGAACAGUUCUCUGUCCCCUCCAUUGCUACAGCACAGGGCUCACUGAGGGUUAAAUGGCGCAGCCCAGGCACCUUCCUGUGAAGGCUUAAUGUGAAAGCGUAAAGGAAACCGAAACUCUUCAGAGUCUGUGUGGGUGUGGAAGGAUCAGGGGAAACUGAAAGUUCCCCUAAGUGUCUGUGGUGGAGAGCAAGUCCUGCUGCCAGCCAUUAAUAACCCCCUUUUGGGACUCUGCUGCUCAGGCAAGACCAGCACUCCAGGAAAUGCAGCUCAUGGGCUCCAGGGCCCCUGGGCUUCCAAGGACUGAGCAGACCUUACAGUCCCUGCAGGAGAACAAGGGGCACCUAGCAGGGCGAGGGUGUCUGUCAAAGACAGCUUUGAGGAGGUGAUGCCUGAGGCUUGGAGCUACGUGGAUAGGUGUGGGCAAGGAGAGAAGAAAAGAAAUUGGGAAGUCCUGGCUAGGUAGCUCAGUUGGUUAGCGCUUCCUCCCCAUAAGCCAAGGUUGUGGGUUUGAGCCCAUGGUAGGGCACAUACAAGAAUCAACCAAUGAAUGCAUAAAUAAGUGGAACAACAAAUUUUUUCUCUUCCUAAAUAUAUCAAUAAAACUUUAAAAAAGGGAAAACAUUGGGCAGAAUGGAAAGCCCCUCUGAGGACACAGAAGUAACUGGGCACCUCCGGUUUGGAGAACUAGAACCUCAAGUACAAGGAGGGUACUAGUGACUGUGCGCUAGGAGUGUCCCUGUGAUGGACGAGGCACUGCCUCUACAUUAUAAUACAGGGUGCCGCAGAAGUAGGGCCUGUUCCAGUGUGGUUGGUAGGGUCAAUUUAUAGUUUUAAUCUGAGCAUUUCACCUAAAAUGUCAUAUGGUGGGCUUGAGUGUGAUAUUGUUAUGUUACAUAAUUGCAUGCUUAUGAUUUUGUAACUAAAAGGGUGUUAUUUGUGCCAGACCCUUUAUGCUGUAUUUAUAUAUUAAAAUAUUUCAUGUUAAAUUUUGAAUA